UAUUUUCUUUACAGAGACUGAAAAGAAUGCGAUCGCUGGAGAUGACAGCGCCGUGGCAUGAAGAAGAAGAAGAUGUGGAGGUGGAAGAUGUAGAACUUAGGGAACAUUCAAAUGACGUCAGGGAUGAUCUCACAGAAUCCAGCAGUGAUGAAGCGCUAGGAAGGAAAAGGCGGAAGCAUGGUGGAAGUGCGUCCAGUGGUAGUGCUUCCAGUGGUACCACAUACAGACGACGAAAAACCUGUAUAAGUGCAAGAGAGAGAAACCUAAGAAGACUGGAAAGUAACGAGAGAGAAAGAAUGAGGAUGCAUUCGUUAAAUGAUGCAUUUGAACAACUUAGAGAAGUAAUUCCACACAUCAAAAUGGAGAGGAAGCUCUCGAAAAUAGAGACCUUAACGUUAGCGAAAAAUUAUAUAAUGGCUCUAACGAAUGUGAUAUGUGAAAUGAGAGGCGAAGAAAAACAUUACACAUUCGUCCAAGACGUAGAGAGUGACAGCAAUGCAGACAUGGAAUCAACUCCUACCACCGCCAUAGAUACCGAACCCACUCCAGCACCAACAGUCAGUAGGGAACAGAACAACAACAACACGUUCCAACAGAACUUGGAAUCGCGAUGUGAAAACGUGGUAAACACUCGCUGAGCGCAGCUAAGAGACUAUCGAGUGUCAAUUUUGUACCCAUAUGGCUCAGUGUGGCGCUGAUACAUGCAGUGGCAUGCAGGAUUAGGUCUAAAGUAUGUGUACUCACAGACAAUUGUUGAAUCAUAAUAUUUAUGAAUAUUUGACUAUGAUGAUGAAUGCGAAACUCGUGGUUCAUUUAACUGAGCAUACUCCAUGUUGAAACAGAGAAAUUUGAACGUUUACAAUAUUAUUUAUUAUCCGACCAAGUCGAGAGCAGGUAGUCUGAACGAGCAAAGCUGUACUUUGUCCAUUUCAUCAUUUGUGCAAACGGAAUCUCUCGUUCUUCCAGCGCUCCAUUUAUUAUUAUCUUAUGAACCGCUUGAGGCUGAAAGAUACUCUGUGUAUGGAUUUCAUUAUUUUAUUGAUAUUUAGAGAGAAAAUGCCAAAAUGCUUUUGAAAUUAUUAGUACACUCUUAGAAUAUUAACAAAGAUCAAUUGACUGAUUUUAUCAUGAACACCAAGUCACUUGGGAAAGAUCCAUAGUGAGUGUACAAAGAAAGUGUCAGAGGCUGCACGUGGAAUUUCAUAUAACCUUGCAUGAACCGCUGUCUCUUGAUCUCCCAAAAGAGAUGGAGGGAGCUGCAGUUCUAUGGCUGGCAGGAAACUCCAACCAACUUGCAUCUAAAAAAUACCAGUAAAUGUCCGCAAGAUCACUUUUUCCCACUUCCGCCUUUACGUAAAUACAUUUAAUUUAGUAUACGCUAACGCUACAUUUUGAUACGGAGUGAAAAAUCUUAGAAUCCAAGAACUAUACACCUCGCAUUUUUGAUUAUUUUUCAUUGUUCCGCUUUUAAAGAGUGAAGACACUUCUUUCAAGUCUUCUUAAUAAUUGAAUUUACCAUUACCAAGAACAUGCACAUGGUGAGUUUUUAUUAUGUAAUUAGUGGAUAACUGUUUGCUAUUUUCAAAAACUAUAGGCUAAGAUACUUGCUUGGAAAAUAUGCUGCUUGCUUACAGGGUGAUUCAUAACAAUAUGGCAGCACAAUCAUUUUCCUAAACGCAAACUGUACUUUUUCUCAAAGAGAGAGAUUGUUCUUUUUAUAAGCUUUCUUCUGGUGUGCAUUUUAAUUUUUUUGGUGGAGUUGAAUUACUGUUUUUUUUUGAGUUUUUUCAAUUUUCAGAAAUUACUGCUCAAAAUAAAUGAAUACCAGUUUAUUUGUGGACGGGGGAUUUUCAGUGGAUGAGAGGGCUUCCUUCCUUUGAACAUGUCUUUCAUGCAUACACUCAAAUAUAUAGGAGUUUACAUUCAUAAAACUACGAGGGUGAAUCAAAUAUAAACCGGACCUUUCGUCGGUUUUUCACGCAGAAGUAGAUGAGCUGUUAAUAGCAUCAUGUCUGAGCAAGAGGUGCACGGGAGGGCGUAAAACUUUCCAAAAUUUUGCGUCGUUUAACAGCACAGUCCGGCGAUAAGACACAAGGCGUUGCGAAAGCCUGGAGAGGCAGCGCCAUGAAAAGCCAAUACCAGUCUUCUGCAGGAAAAGUGCUUGCAACGGUAUUUUGUGAUUUUAGAGGUGUACUGAAAGUUGAUUUUCUUCACGAUCGCAGUACAGUUAAUAUUGCCUACUACUGCCAACUGCUUAAAGAAGCUGGCCCAUCCGCGAAAAAGGCGAGACAUGCUUAUUCGAAGUGCGAUUCUGCUCUAUGACAACGUUUGACGACCCGCAUCUGCUUUGAUCCAAGAAUUGCACCACUGAGCGAGGAGAUUAUGUAGAAAAAUAAGAUGCAAAUAUUAAUUAAAUCACUAAAACAAAAGUCUGGUUCAUAUUCGAUUUACACUCGUAUAUGCUUGCGUUGCCAAGAGUGACCCUGUAGAGUAAACAGCGUAUGGUUGCCUAAAAUGUAACUGUAGUUUUUUAAUAUAAAACUACCAUGUUCAAGGUAUAAUAAGACUAAAGAUCUGCCUUUCAUGAUAAAUGUUCAAAGUUAAAGGACGGUAGGUGAUAACACGCUAGGUGGUUUCGCAACAACAAUAUGCACUAGAUAUAAUAUAAACCGGUCCAGUCUUAAUUAAAAUUUCGUUCGUGUGAACGUGUAUAAAAUAGCAAGUGUAUUACUGGUACCCAUAUUCUACUACGAUCCAUAUGUCUCCCGGAUUCAGUAUAGGCAUAGAAAUUUUAACUUAAUAUGAGAAGUCUGAGAAAAUCAAAAGUUUAUCAAUUGUAGCCUAACAUGCAAAGGUCAAAAUCCCUUUAGAAUAAACUGCUCUCAAAAUACUCGUUGGGGUACGCUUCAAUUUAGAUACUUGAGUACCUCAAAAAAUAUAAUUUUUAACCAAGCCUUUAAGCAUUGAAUGACUUUUCAGACCUUAAUUCGGAAAUCGUCAGUGUUAGAAAACAGUUACCAGAAGUCUUUUUGUUCGAAAUUAUCUAAGAAACCUGAAAGAAAAUGUCCGGACAAAAAAAUUGUAAUUUAUUUGAAGUUAUUAUUUAAACAUGAAACGUUUGGGUCACCGUACGAUAUAAUUCAACUCUCUCAACAUUCGGUUAGAAAUCAUAUAUACUGAGGUCGGCAAGUAUCUAAAUUUAAGUUAAAACCUUGUUCUAUAGGACCUUGACGAAUAUUUUAAGAUUAGUUUAUUGUAAAGUUCUCGUUUUUCAGGCCAAAACUGGCGAGCUUUUGAUUUAUCGCAGAUUGUACAUGAAACAAGCAAUGCAAAGUCAACCAAAAUUUGGUAAUAAUUAUAUUUUUGGAAUGACAUUUAAUAAUUAUGCAACUAUACGAUCUCCACCCUCCCUGAGUUUUCCUUUGUGGGCGUCUUGCCUUUAGACAUUCAUAUGUUUAACUAAAGGACACUCGAAGUUCGAAAGUUACUUCGGAUGUCGGUCAGUUUACGAUUUGACCAGUCAGUAUUAUGACGUAUGUGACUCACGACGCAUGACCAGACACUUAGUUUAUAUUGCAUGUAUGUUAUCGUUCCUAGUACCGAAAAAACAGUAUGGAACCUUAAUGCUCCAAAUUUGACUGACCGCUGAAUAAAACGGAUAAAAUGAGUAGCAGAACGAAAACCACAACAUAAGUUUCAGAUCUUCUAUUAAAAUCAUCAUUAAGAUGACAUGAUUAUCCUUUAUGAUACUGUACACUAAAACUUCAAACAAUAUGCUCGAUAUUGUAGCAUUAUUGUCCAGAAAUGUACUUUUCAACAGAAUAUAAUUUGAAAAGCCGCAUCCAUUUCUACUAUAAGGUAUUUAUUGCUUCGUUGCUGAAUGUGUCAUAGUGAAAAUCAUAAAUUAAUGAUAAGUUCGUAUGUAUUUACCUGCGUUCGGAAAAGGACACCGCAGAAUAUACCCUUAUGUAAAAUUUCGCUAACAACGCAUUGUGCAUGGUGCAAUCACCGGUGAUCAGAGACAUCGCUAUUUAAUGUUGAAUUUUUGAAAAGUCACUUUUGCAAAGCUUCACACAGCGCGGUUGAUAUCUUGAGAAUCUGAAAGUAUUUUCCCUCGCUGCAAAAAGAAUGGGAAUGCUGGCAUCUAUCCCUGCAAGGAAAUACUCACACUGAUCUGUUAGUUGACAAGCACAAUCUGUAGUGAAAUUAGCAUUAAGAUAAAGUCCAUUGUUUAUAGUGUUCUACAACGUUCCACUACAAAACAUCACAUUCCAUAGAAUGUUUCCUGUAUAGUGUGCAUAUCUUAGACAUAAUUUUUGAGAAUCUAGUAAAGAUAAGAGGAGAUCUUUAGUAUUAUGCAAUGCUUUUUCUUUGUACCUACUCGAUAUGCAUAGACCAAAGGCAACAAAUGUGUCCCUCCAUCAGACUUGUACCGCCUAGCCUUUCAACGACAAUAGCUGCAAAUAUAACAUCAUUGAAAUCAGUACGUUGAUCACAAACCAAAGAUAGGUUGUACAAUUGAUCAAUAUGCUUUGCACUUAAAACCAUAGUUGUGAGUGAAGUCUUGUUUAUUAUAUUUAAAAUCAAUGGACAUACUCAGGGAACAACAUGGACGCAUAAAAUGGUGACACAAAUUUUCAUGGGAAAACUUUCCAUUCAGCAACAAAGAAUGAAGAAACGUGUUUUUUGGGAUUCAAUUAAAAGUGUUGGCAAGAACGAAAAAACAAAAUUUCGGAUGUGUUCCAUUAUUUUUCAUUAAUAAUUUACACAUAUGAUCCGACAUAAUCUUUCUUAAAUUUUAUCAAAGUAACGUUAGAAAAUUAUAAAAAAUCGUACGUGUACCGCUGGUUUCCUAGUUGCAAACUUACAUUGUAUAUGGAAAGCUGUUUGAGCACAAUAAAAGUAUAUCAUUUAUUUUUACCGAUUUUUCGAAAAAAAGAAUAUAGAAGAAAAGGUAGCCAUUCUCCUUUCCAUUAACCAAGACACCUGUUGGUCUACUGGAUGUUUAUAGCACUAUACUUGACAUUGAUUGAUGUUUCGACUCCAAUUUUGUUGUUGCAUUUUGACUUUUUUGCUAUUGGUCAGAUUUUUUUAUGUGUGGUCUCAUUUUGUAGAUGCUUAAAAACCUUAUUUGGAGAGUCUUUUCGUUAUAGCCAACACUUUUGAUCAAAUUCCAAAAAUCCCGUUUCAUCAUUAUUUCUUGUCGAAUAAAAACUUUUCCCACAAAAACUGGUGUACCCAUUUUAUGCGUCCACGCGACCGACAUGAGUGAUAUGGUUAUUAAAAAAUAUAGCUCAUUUUUGAAAUCACAAACAUUUGAUGGGACCAGGCUCAGAAAUAAUAGCGACGUAUUAUAAAAUUCUUGGUUGUAGGUUAAACCACAAUGGAUCACAAAAAAUGUCAAUUACCAUUAUAUAUUCAUAUCUAGUCUCCUCCUCUCUGUACUUCAUUUCUUUGAAGGCGAUUGUGAUUAUUUUGUGGAUCAUUACCUUUAAACUGUAAAUAACUAGUAGAUGUUUAAGAAAGGGUAUUGCUCUUCGAAAUGCAGGGUAUCCCUGAAUAAGGUAUCUAUUUCUCAAAUGCGUAUAAGCCUCAAGUUUCUGCAAAAAAUAUCCUACCGGGCUUAUCUUACUGCAUAUUUAGCAGCAUCGCAACCAGUAUUAGCAGUUUGAGAAGGAAUUUUAUUUAGGUUUCUCCUAGUCGAUCUAAGUGACUUACAGGUAUCUUUAUAGACACACGAGAUUACUAUGUUGGUUCAAUUUAUACUGUUUUCAAAAAUUUAAGUACCGUUGGACAUUUUUACAGAAACCUGUCGUAUUACUUUUUUCCGGGAUACAAUGUAUUCAUCUGUAUAUUUUGUUUACUAUUUGUACAAGGCAGUUAUCAGAGAUUAUAGGUAUGUGAUGGAUUCUUGGUUGGAACAGCUAGUGUACAUAAAAUAAGCUGCUAACUAAGACCAUCCUAGGUUAGUGAGUAAUAUUUUACCGAAAUGUUACCGUUAGAUUAUACGUCCAUACCAAGGUAUGUUCCGAAAAUGGAGAGGCUUGAUCAUAAGGCAAACUGUUAGAAAAUUUCUCUUUUUUUCUCUUCAUUGAAAGAAAUAGCUUAUUUUAUAGCCAUAUCUGUGAUGUUACAUGUCAAUCUCGUACAUCUGUUUUAUACAAGAACUGUAUUGAUUUCUUGCAUACGACUUUGAAGUUGAGUCAUUAAUUUUCAGAUAAUGAUUGUAGAAGGAAGAUAAACCAAAAUAUGUGUGUAAAAAUAAAAAAAAAAUUACCUUGUUUUAUAGUAGUAUCCUCACGACAAGUAUUUCAGUGCGGAGCUGUAUUUGAUCGUGAGGUCUUGGAGCACCGGCAUGCCCUCCCCUGCGAGGUCUUAAGUCACCUGAUUCACAAGCCCGUUGUACUACAUUAACAAAGGCACGAGGGGUUGGUUGCACUCGAUUGGGAAACCGAUCCGCAUAAACAUGUGCCAUUUUUUAUUUCGUUUGAGCCACGCAACAGACACCACUAUUCACUCACGCGUUACCGACUGACACAUUGACUGAAUAAAAACAUCGUGAUCAGCGUUUCAAAUUCUUUCGCUUUUUUGUUUCCGAUGCGAUGAACCGAUAAGGCGGAUUAUAUACGUUGUUGCCAAACACGAGCACAUAAUAUUAUUAUUGAGACAGGGCGAUACUCAAACUUCCAAAGGGCUGUAACUUUGUUACUUUAAUUUUACCACAAAAAUGUUAAAGGAAAAAAACAUUUCUUUUGAUCAGAUCUACUCACUGUUAUAAUAAAUGACUCAACUUCGAAGUCACCCUGUAUAUUUAGCUGCAAAUCUAUUAACGAAUUUUCAUCAUCAUUCACGUAUUGCAUUGUAUUUUAACUUAAUAUCUUGUCUCUCGCUGUAUUUAUGGUAUAAAAUAUGGAAACUGUGUCGAAAAACAGGUUUUGAUUCUAAGACUUGCCAUUUUAACGGAAGGUGCACUACUCUACUUUUUUGGAUUUACCUUCUUGAAAAAACUGGUAAUGCCGAAUGAUUCUCGUAAGAAGGGUAUUACGGUACUCUGUAUAGUUAUCAUUUAUGCUCAAGAGUGGCCUGAAGUACCAAAAGUUUGCCAAAAUGUUGACUAUGUUGCCAAAUCGUAUGGUUAGUACUUAAUAAUGAAUGUAUCUUGUGCCCCGCAUGAAGAUGGUACAUUCCAAAAUCAAACGAUGCAUUUCCAAAACGAAAAUGUGAUAUUGUAGGAAAAACUUGCACAGGUUUUUUAGUUCACGAGAUGAAAUAUAUUUUAUUAUAUGUAUUAAGUGUAUUCUUGUAAAAAUAUUAUAUAUUAUAUAGAGAGAUACGACUUAUAUCUGAAC